CUGUCGUUUCAGACUUAUCAACUUCUGAAACUGUCUUCACCUGAGCCACCAGACGUUCAGGGGCCACGCACUCAACCGCGUAAACCACCCAAGUUUCGUGAAAUAUUGUACGCUGUGGGAAGACACAAAGAAGAAGCCCUUGAGUCUGUGGAGCGCAUUGAUCUUGACGAAGCGGAACCUGUGUGGCGUCGGGUUGCCUCCAUGAGCAGGAGAAGACGAGGACUCGACAUUGCUCUUUCUCGACCACUUCCUAUACGCUGUUGGCGGCUUUGA